AUGGGGGAGCAUUUUCCAGUUAAUUAUUUGGCACUAGAUGUCGAAUUCCCUACUGAAGCCGACCUCCGUAAUUAUAUGGACAAAAUGAUGAGAAUUAUAGACAAUUUUCUGGAAAAUGCUAAUAACACCGACGUCAAUCAAGCUAUGGGAUCAUUUCUUUCUAAAGCGGUCCUAAAGAGAACUCUUCGAGAUUACAGCAAGGGGUUACCUAAAUACAAAAACACAAUAAAGAGUAUUGCAAGUAAAUGUGAUUAUGUGGUGUCUCAUUAUACUUAUGUUUUGGAAAGGUCAGCCGAGGAGCGACCAGAUGCAGAAAUAAAUAUUGGUAAAGUUAUAAAAGACGACACCGCACAUGUUUUUUCUAUAAGCGAUUUCAACAGACACAAAAUGCGACACUGGAUUCUUCGCCCCGGAGCGAUUAACAAAUUCAUUGCAAAAAUGGAUACUUUGGAAUUGCCCAAGGAAAACUACGUAGACCUAGUUGAAGAUUCUGACAAAUACGAUAUUACGGCUUUCGAUUCAGAUCGCUGCCUAUCACGAGUGCAUGAAAACAUCGACCCGUACGAUAUCACUUCGCUACGCCGUUGUAACUUAGAUGAAUAUUGCAUGGAGAAAAUAUUUCUUUCCCCGUCUGUGGCUUAUACAAUUAGUCAUAGAUUGUUGAACAACAUGAUGUACCUACACAACCGAAGGUGCUAUUUGUACUCGAUGGAGUACGACAACAUGCACAUGGACAUGCUGUGCUCAGAGAUGUACCGGGAGACCGUGUACCUAGCUCGCCGCGGGUACUUCUACAGGGACCUGUUCAUGGAACAUGUUGGUCUUUGCGGUAUGUUGGGCUAUGAAGAGUUCCACCGCCCGCGUUGGUUCCGCAAAGCCGCCAGCUGGGUAGACGACGAAGGCUGUAUAGCUGAGUUCCCAAACUUUGAAGUUAAUCGCACGAGAAGGAUGUUGAAAGACACAACGGAUCCAAAAGAGGCGAAAAAAAUUAGGAAAUAUUUGAGUGAAGUGCUGAUAGAAGAAUGUCAUCCGCAUCAGAUGUCAGUGGCGUUGAUGGUUCUUGCAAACGGUAUCCGACACGCAGCUCACUACAUAGUUAAUAUGUCGGAGAAGGAACUUUAA